GUGUACUUCGCCAAUAAGGGUCUCCACGCCCGGCAGUCGCCGGUCACUCACGGCUGUGCAACUUAAGUGGAUCUGAGCCUUUGAGUUUCUGGAGACCCGCAGAAGCAGCCAGAACUCCCAGACCGGCUUGUUCCGGUAGCAGGUUAGACAGGUUGACCUUGGCCACUCCUCUUUGCACUCUGCAACCCCUUGUCGAAGCAGAUGAUGUCGUGGGCUGCUGUCUACCUGAGAAGGACAACUGCCCGAUGCUUUCGUGAGCGAUGCCUCGGGUUCCGCGUGGGUCCUUGGUGCGCCUCCCAGCAAGAAACCCCCGGCUGCGGUCCAGCUCCACACAGGAAGCUACAUGUCAGCGCGGCGGUCUCCGCGGGACACAAUAAAUGGUCUAAAGUCCGGCAUAUCAAGGGCCCCAAGGACAUGGAAAGGAGUCGAAUCUUCUCUAAACUCGCUCUCGGUAUCCGCCUGGCUGUUAAAGAGGGAGGCCCCAACCCUGAGAACAACAGCCACCUGGCCAACAUCUUAGAGGUGUGUCGAAGCAAGCAUAUGCCCAAGUCAACCAUUGAGUCAGCACUGAAAACAGAGAAAAACAAGGGCGUUCAUUUGCUGUACGAGGGUCGAGGUCCUGGUGGCUCUUCUCUGCUGAUUGAGGCAUUAUCGAACAGUGGUCCCAAGUGCCAUUUGGACAUUAAAUAUAUCCUGAACAAGAAUGGGGGAGUGAUGGCCGAGGGAGCGCGCCAUUUCUUUGACAAGAAAGGAGUGGUUGUGGUCGGAGUGGAGGACAGAGAGAAGAAAGCUGUGAACCUGGAGCGCGCCCUGGAGCUGGCAAUCGAAGCAGGAGCUGAGGAUGUGAAGGAGGCUGAGGACGAAGAAGAAAAGAACCUUUUUAAAUUUAUUUGUGAUGCCUCUUCAUUGCAUGACGUGAGAAAGAAACUGGACUCCCUGGGCCUGUGUUCUGUGUCCUGUUCCCUGGAGUUCAUCCCCAACUUAAAGGUGCAGCUGGCUGAGCCUGACCUGGAGCAGGCUGUUCACCUCAUUCAGGCUCUCAACAACUAUGAGGACGUGAUUCAUGUUUAUGACAAUAUCGAAUAACCAGACUAUGCAUGUCUCCAGGCUCUUUCCUAGGUUUCAUGAGCCUAUGCAGCAAAUUGGAGGCUGCAACACAUGGGCACCUAUCAGAGACAUGAUGCUAUGGCUUACAGCCUUAAGAGAAAGGAACUCUUAGCUCUGUUGGUGUCACAGGGCCAUCUGGGAUACAAGGUGAGACUAGCCAGCUUAUCUGACUCUCAUCUCAGGUGACUGGCCCUUGUCAAGAUUUUAAGUGUCUUGUGGUACUAUAGAGUGGGAAUUAAUCAUCAAUAAUAACAGCCGUGAUUGAUUAGUUUUGGAUGCUGCAUUGCUGGUAUGACUCAUGAGUUAUCCCCAGUUUAUGUCCAGGUUUUGAAUUUCUGGACUAAUGUUCAGGCCCAUAUGCUUAUUUCUAUACUUUAAUAUUAAGAUUGUCUUUUUUUUCUUUGCUUUUUAUAAUAGAAAUGUGACUGUUCUCUGUGGUUGAAUGCUGGCCUAAUGACCUAACCUUUUCACUUGCUCACGCAGCUAGUAUUUCUUGGACAUUGUUCUUUACAAGAAUUGUGCUUUUCCAGA